AUGGCGGAAAACAGGGGAGGGAUAAAGGUGAUCUACCCUGAUCUGGUUGUUGACAAAUGCUUGAUCGUCCCUCAGAGGGUCAGAGAGGAGAUCAGUAAGGAAUGGGGACCGCCAAAAGUGCAACUGCCAAGUGCUGAUGAGGAGAAGACAUACACUCUCUUAAUGGUGGACCCAGAUGCUCCCAGUCGUGAGAAACCCUCUCGUGCCUUCUGGAGACACUGGUUAUUGGUUGACAUUAAGGGGGAAGCACUAAAGAGAGAAGAUAUGAGAGCUACUGAACUAUCUGUUGAGUCUCAACCGACAACCCCUCAAGGCACUGGGCUCCAUCGAUACCAGUUCCUUGUAUUUGAGCAGCCUGAAGGCCAGACCCUCUCUCUAAGCCCACAGGAGGAAAGCUCAUUGGGUAAUCACGCAAACUCAACAAAGACACAUAAUUAG